AGUGUCAAACUACCAUUUAAAUGAGAGAGUAGUGAACACAUACGGUUAUUGUAUGAUGAUAUGAUUGGGUUCAUAUGUGUUCUGUCUAAUUUGAGUUCCACCAGGAAAUAUUUUUUGGACCUCCUCUUAACAAAUUUGGUGUGUUAAUUGUGUGAUUACAUCACUAAAAAGUCCUGGAAAAUGAUUUCAUGCAAAGUGUAGGAGUUCUGUAAGAGUGAGGAGAGGCAGGUAGAGGGAGAAGGAGCAGAGAAAAAAAGAGGUGGGUAGUGAGAAGGCGCAGACGAGAGGAGAGGAGGGCUGUGGUGAUGUCAUGGUGAAGUUUGAGCCUUAAAUAAUGUGGAGCCUGUCUGUCCUGGAGAGAUCUCUGACCCCUGUGGUCAUGUGAUUGUGUGACCGCUCUAGUUCAGUAAGAGGAUUAGCUCCGCCCGCUCCUUGUCUGAGAACUUCAGAGACAUGGACCUGGUCUGGAUCCAGGUCUGGACUUUGGUCUGGACUCUGGUCUUUGGGCUCCUGCUCGGUCUCUGUGAGUCCAGACCUGAGACCAGCUCUGCACGUGCACCUGAACCUCCACAACAGAUGAGCUCCACAGCACCCCUCUCAGACCAGAGCCAGUACCAUAGACUGCCAGGACUCUGCCACCGCCUGAAACGCCGAAGGAUCACAGUCAUGUGUAACCUGGAGAAAUUCUGCUGGCCCCUUCAGGACCAGACCAGGACUAGGUCGAGGUCUGGUCAUGUGUGCCGUUGUCCCAGAGGUCUCCGCUGCUCACAUUACUUCAUCCACAGUUUGAGAUAGAACUUGUCCUUUAACCCUUUACUACAACUACUACUGCUAUUACUGCUACUACUACUACUGCUACUACUGUAUUCUUUUCUCUCUGUAAUCCUGUUCUAAUGUGAAGAAAUGUUCUGCAAUGAGGCCUCUACCCUGGAGUUGGGUUUUUGUUUAA